AACAAGAAAAGAAAAUAAUAGUAGGGUUUGGUUAUAGGAAGGAUGAAGGAUUCAAUUGAAGUUGAAGAUGGGAAGAAGAAGAGAUUGAAGGAGGAGGAUUCCAUUGCAUACUUUGACUUUCAUCUCUGGACGCAAAAGCAGCCCUUCAAACGAGCGUUUUGAGUAAGUGGUGGAGGUACAUUUGGACUUCCCUUCCCAUCCUCAACUUCCACUCCUCCUCCUUCAACAACGACUCUCUCCUCUUCCGCUCCUUCGUCUACCAUUUCUUGUCUCGCAGAGACGCUUCCACCAAUGUCUACCAUCUCAACUUCAAGUGCCAAGACAAAAAACUUGAUCUUGCCAAAACCAUCGAUUCCAUCAUUGACUAUGUUACCCUCACACCACCAAUCUCCGCCGCCAUUCAGGUUCUUAGCAUCUUGGCACCACCAAACAACACCAUCGUAGGAAAUUUUUCUCAACUCUCCCAUUGUCAAUCCCUCACCACCCUCAACCUUUCUGACAUAUCCACUGACAUCACAUCCUUUCGUUUGGUUUCUCUUCAAAAAUUAGACCUUUAUGAUUGUGUUUUCGAGUGUGGGCUGGAGGAGUUUCUUAAUCCUUUUAGGGGCUGCGUUAAUUUGACUACUUUGUCUCUGUUUGGUUGUCAGUACUGCGGUGGCAAACUCAAGAGGUUCACAAUUUUUGCCCCCAGCUUACGAACUUGAAUAUUUCGCUCAUGGAAGUUGAUGAAGUGUAUUUUGACUGUGCCAUUGAGCUUUUUACGCCAAAGUUCCAAUCUUUUACGUACAGUGUUUGUGACCUGUAUGGUUUUUUCAUCAAGUCUAAUCUUCCCUUUGUGGAGACAGUGCAUAUUGAUGUUCUGGGUUGCACCAAUGAUCCUAAUUUGCAACUAAAGUUGAUUCAAAUGUUUGAAGUGAUGGGGAGUGCUGAGUUUGUUGCCUUGUCAACUGGUAUCGUUGAAGUUCUAUCUAUGUUUCCUGAUCUACUGGAUAGUCGGCCUUCCCCCUUCACUAAGGUGCAGACUUUUGAGUUAAACAGGGAAAUACCUGCUUCCUCCGUUGAUAUGCCUGCUAAUGUCAUGGCCUACUUAUUUGGCAAAUCUCCAGGAUUUGAUUUCUAUGAAUGUCGAUGGGAAGGUGCAAAAUGGUCAAAACAAUCUGAUUGAAGAUGGUUUCUUGCUAACUUUCAAGGUUUUACAUUUUUGGGGGAUUAAAAGUUGUUUUUCUUGGACCUAAACAAAAAAGAACCCGUGCUCUUUUGCAGAGGAAUAGGGGUCUUGCUGAUACGUUUGCUAAAUAUGCAAUUAAGAGGUGUUGACUUAUUGUUCAUAGUCUGCGACAUAUUUGCUACUAAUGGUUAUUGACUAUUUUGUGAUCUUUUAGGCUCUUCUGUUGUGAAUAGCCUAUUAAAGGGAGCUUUUCUGCUCCCUAAUAUUGAAAAUUGCUUGUUACAUAGGCAAUCUCAAUUAGCUAAAAAUUCGCAGUGAGCUACAAAUCAAUUUGUUAAUUAGCUUCUCGUUGAAACUCA